AGUGUGUGGGUGUCUAGAAACCAGCUUGCAUGUGAGAGCACAGGACAGCAUAGGUAUACAUGUUUACUUCUUUACCACUUACUUAAAGCUCUGACAUUGCCAAAAGUCAUUCAAUAUCAGAGCAUAGAAAACAAAAACUGGAACAGACUAGACAUAAUAGGAUCAUUAUACAAAAUGAAAUUCUUCUGUGCUCUCUGGCUUUGGAUGUUUCUGUCAGAAUUUAAUUCAACUACUGGCGAAAUUUCUAGACAAGGACACAGUGAAGGAAGCAUCACAAUUACAUGCUCCCACAGCUGGGCUUCAACCAAUAUAAAGUAUUUCUGCAGAGAUCCAUGUAAAGAUAUUUUAAUGAAAUCUGACCAGUCACCUACAGGAAGAUACAGACUGAAGGACUCUGGAGAAGGAACCUUCACUGUGAACAUCACUGAUCUACAGGAGUCAGACUCUGGGAUUUACUGGUGUGGAGUGGACAGAUUUGGUUUUGACACAUUUACGAAAGUCAAACUGACAGUAUCUAAAGCCAACACUGGAAACAUGGUGGAAGCAAAUCGUCAGAGGACGAUGGAAACACAAACAACUGGGACAAGCGCUGAAAUGCACUUAACUAUACAAAGACACUUAGUUUUCGUAUCUUCAACCACUAAAGACAGCACACUCUCACUGACAUCAGCAGGUUUUGUCAAAGCAUCUGGUCCAGCUGGUGAAAAAGCAGGUGCUGAACACAGAAACUCAUCUUCAUCUGCCCAUAUAUUUCCAGUGCCCUUAUACUAUAUUCCUUACGCUGCUGCUGGUUUGGCCAUCAUGGUGAUCAUAUGUGCAGCUGGACUGGUAACUGUUCUUCAGUGCAGAAAGAGAGUCAAGAAAUCAAGAUGUGUUAUUGCAAGAUCUAUUUACAAUUCCCGUCACAACGAGGAGACUAAUGCUGUUUAUCAGAAUGCUCCCGAUGACAGACCCUACGCCACCAUAAAUAAAUCCAGUACCAAGUCUAAGGACGAGAGCCAAUCAGACCCAAUCUAUCAGAACAUACACUUCAACACUACGCAGGAAGAAACUAUCUAUGGCAAUCUAUAGGAAAUAUACAAUCUACUAUCCUCAAACUCAAAUACGUGUUCUGCAUGACAAGCAUCAAACAAGUUUCAUCAACACCAUUUCUGAACAGUAUAUAGCAAAAACACCUUGGCAAAAAUCAAAUGUACAGUACAUGAUUCAAAAACAUGUCACUUGGCAAUAUAAUCAUACCAUUAUUUGUGUACAUAAAUAUCCCUUUUCCAUGUAAAGUUUGCAUGUGAAACAACAAUGAAGGGUUGAAAAACUAAUGGGUUGUUUCAUAUUAAAUGGACAAAUGUGUAGGGCUAUUAAAUUAUUUAGCAAAUACAACUAACUGUUAUGAAUCCCUAGCCUGCGGAUAGUGUAAAAACAGAAUAUGAGUAUGUGAAAACACUGAAAAUGUGAACCUAAAAAUGGGGUUGAAAAACAGUCUUCGUCAAUCAGACUUGCCUGCUCAGACAGUUGUAAGCUCUGAACUCAGUUCACACACCAUUUUGAACAACAGAUAAAAUUUCUCUAUAGAGAUCUGUUUAGUUUUCUCUAAAACAUCCAAAUAAAUAACACAUGGAA